CCUCCCCCUCCCCCCCACCUGCCCGCCAGUCAUUUUUCCCACCCUUGGCUAAUUUGGGAACUGAACAGGGUUCUUGUACAGGGUGCAUGUCAGGUCCCUGAAAAGGGAGGCGACCCUGCCAGAGUGAGCAGCGGCUUCUUUUUAUUUCCCAGCUACGCUCCCUGGUGCCCUGCCUGUCAGAACUUACAGCCGGAAUGGGAGAACUUCGCGGAAUGGGGGGAGGACCUAGAAAUCAACAUAGCCAAAGUGGACGUGACCGAACAGCCUGGCCUCAGUGGGCGGUUUAUCAUCACAGCUCUUCCCACCAUCUACCACUGCAAGGAUGGAGAGUUCAGACGCUACCAGGGCCCGCGGACUAAAAAUGACUUUAUCAACUUCAUCAGUGACCAAGAGUGGAAAUCCAUUGAUCCCGUUUCUUCAUGGUUAGGCCCAUCAUCCUUCCUGAUGAGCAGCAUGUCCGCCUUGUUCCAGUUGUCCAUGUGGAUCAGGCAAUGCCACAGCUAUUUCACCGAAAACCUUGGCAUUCCGCCCUGGGGAUCCUACGCCAUCUUUGCCCUCACGACGUUGUUUUCAGGACUGCUGCUGGGGCUGAUUAUGGUGUUCCUGGCUGAUUGUAUUUGUCCCUCUAAGAAGCACAGGCCACCACCUGUUCAAAAAAACCGGCCGGAGUCUGCUGAGUGCUUCAGGAAGAGGGAAGGCGUGAACGGCAGUGACCUUUCUGAUGCUGAGACGGAGCCCAGGGAGCCAGCGCACGUAUCCUCCUCGUCCAACACCGUGAGGCAGCGUGUGGUGGCCCCAGGUGCAGAAGGGGAAGAGUCCUAGCUCCUGCUGGCUGGCUCCUGUCCUGGAUUUCUUGUGUCACAUCUCCACAUUCAAAUGCGAAGGCCAGGCUGGGCCAGGUGGUGGUGGCGGCGGCGGCAGCCCCCCCUUCUUCCUUUUCCCCCUCCAUGACCGUGGAAGCUCCCAACAGUUGGGAAAAUGCCUUUUUCAAGUCUUUUUGAUGGCAUCAGUUCAACGUUUGAUCUUUGAAAUGUGUGAGGUUUCUUUUUUUCCCGGCUGACCGGGAGGCAAGAAGCUCAGCCUCCGUAUCGGCUGGAAGAGGACGUCAGGGCUACCCGUCUGCAGUUUUGAAGGAUCUCAGCCCAGCUGCCCAGCAAGGAGGGCCUAAGGCUUUUCCGUGUCCGUUUUCCUUGUUGUGCGGAGGCCGCCUGGGAAGAGAACUGCUUCAGCCAUCACACACCUUCUCUCCUUGAUGUGAUCUUCACCAGAGGCUUACAAUGAAUGCUCUGUUCUUUGGGUAGUAAAAGAGACCUGUAUCAUUGACUUAACAAACUAAAAAAAAAAAAGCUUCAAGUUGGGAGUGGUGGGAACUUCACAAGAUGUGUGUGUGGGUCCAGGAGGACUUUGGGCCUGGCUCUCUGGGGCAACAGCUUCCCUACCCGGCCCCUUCCCCAGGGGCGAGGGAUUGUGUUUCAAUACAGAGGUUGCCCCACAUGCAACAGGCAAAAGAGGGCUCUUCAAAAGGGUCAGGGCUCAAAAUCCCAUCAGGGCCCUGAGAGCCGGUCUUGGUUUCCCUGCCUUAACAUUGGCCUCUGUGAUGGGUCAGGAUUUGAGCAUCAUCCUGCUCUCCCCUGUGGCAUUCCCUCCUCCCUGUCUCUCUCUCUUUCUCCAACCUCCACCCCCCCGGCACUCGUGGUUCCUGCUUUUCAUAACCAACGAAGGAGAAGGGGUGCUGUGGCCUGAUUUGAUUUUGAAUUGAAAUGGUAGAGGAUGCAAAGAGAGGCUGUCGGGGUGGGCGGGUUGGCCACUUUCUUUGUUUGUUGUUCUAGUUAUUCUUUUCUUUUUGAAUAGUUUGAAAGUUAGGGAUAGGAGCGUCCGUGAAUGAAGUAGGAAGAGGAAGGAGAAGCGUUGUCACCGUUCCUGGCGUCUUGGCCCAGGACUCUCCCUGGCUCCCUUUAUAGAGAGAAAAACCACACAAAACCCAACUCUCUUGCAAAGUUACUCCUCCUCCUCCCCCAGUUCCAGCACCGGCCUUGAGUCUCGCACAAGUAGAUUCCUUUGGCAGAGCCGAAUAACAAUGUGAAUGCAUCCGGCAUCUUGUUAUGCUUGCCUUCCUCCACGCAGGACUGGAUGGUCCUGGUUCUUUAGGACGCAGCGGCUUUCUCGGAAAUGCCUCCCGUCUUUUGAACCACCCGUGUUCUCUGCGGCUGUUAAGACGGAACCUCACACGUACCUGUUUAGGUUUUCUGCUGUUUCUGUUGCAUUUUAGUGCAGCACAGUUCCCCCUGUUCUUGAUAGGCAGCUGUUUUUUUUCCCUUGGCAGAUGUAGAGAGCGCUCUGAUUAGCUUUUCUCAACCACUCCAGAGGAGCGUAGGGUGGCUGCCCCAAAUCCAAGGACUCCUGGUGAUGGUGGUGGAGGAGGAGGAGGAGGAGGCAAUGAUAGUGCUCGUUUGUUUGAGAAGGGCUCGCGUGUCUUCCUGUAUGGUGGAGCUGUAUGGUGGUCUAGCUUCCAUGGCAUUCCUUUUCAGAAAGGGUCCAGAGACGUCAUGUCUCUUUAAGCAUCUGCUUGGGCACCGGACUCUGUGAUGUACCCAAGAACUCUGCGUACAUCCUAGAGGGGAGAGAUCCCAAGAGUUUCCCUCUUUUCCUUUUGCGCAUCCUUCUUGGAUAGGAUUUUGUACAGCAGAUCCUGGCAACCACCUUCCACCUUGUUGGUCUGAGCUCCCCUAGCGUUUCCUUGUGCAGCGAGCAGGCCACAUGGAGGGCCAGCACUGAGCGUUGAUGGCUGAUGUCCAGUAAGAUUUCUUCCUUCUCCCCAGUCGAUUUGUGAAAUUUUUCAGGAUGCCCAAGUCGGUUUUAGCGUUCUGCUCUGGAGAGAGAGAGCAGCGCAGAAGGAUUGUGCCGUUCUUAGCCAGUUGUGUUGUUGAUAAAGAAAUUCUAUGCUUGUUGGUUUCAAGGGACCUGCUGAGAGCCCCUUCUUGCUCUGGACCAGCAGUGGAAGGUUGGAGGCGUGAUACGACAGCUUUGUCCUGUGUAAAGGAGUGGUGGUUGCUUAAGUUUAACUCUUGCCUUCUCAUGGAAGAGGAGCUUGGCCUGACAGAUAACUCACACUGUUAAGCUGGCAGACUGUUGCCGUAGACUGACACCACCACGCUUCCUGUCUGCUCAAGACAGCUGUCCAGAAUUCCUUUGGAGCAGGGAGUCGGCCAGCGAAGAGAGGUUUUGUUAAGAAGGAACCGGGUUGCUUUUGAAGGCUUUAUGACAAGACCGCUUGAAGCAGCUGGUAGAACUAACUUGUACCCAUCAGAUGCCACCACUAGAACUAGCCCAUUGAAGUAAACGAAAGAAAGGUCAGGGGUGAGGGCGCCUCGCUUGCAGUCUGAAGUGGCACGGUCUCCUUUCCUACCUCAUUCUGCUGAAACGGUGGGUGGUCUGUUCAGCCAGGGGACUCUGAGCAGCUCUUCACUCGAAUGGGUGUCAGCUUUGCUGAAGGGGACGGAUGCGGAGGGUGCCUGUCCACUGCCCUGCGCGCCCGCCCGCAGGAGGCCUCUUGGAGACCCACACGUGGCCUGGUGACCCAAUAAGCCACUCUCAACGAGAGACUGGCAGCCACUGUUUCUGGCCAGAGGCCGUCAGGUUGGAAACGUUUUCCUUUGUUAACUGUUGAGUUGUUGUUUUCAUUUGCAGUGGACCACAGGGCGCUGUCCUGUCUGCAGAGCAUUUCCGAGUAAUAAAGUUAACUCUGUGUCUGG